GUAUUUAUUUGGGGGUAAGUCCUAUUGCAGCCGUGGACGGACUUCCAAUUAAGCACUUUUAGGGUUGGGUGAGUUUCUGACCCGUCAGCUCAUUUGAUCUCUUAGUCUCUUGAAAUACUAUGGCUGAGAAGUGGACCACUGGACAUUCUUCUUCAAUAUUAUGUUUGAAUGUGAGCAAAGAUGGUCUGUUGGCUUCAGGAGCAGAAGGAGGGGAGCUCACUAUCUGGAAUGAGGAUGGGAGUUCAGUAGAACAUGUACGGAUCCAGAAAGCUGAGGAUGUCACUAGUGUUGUGUUUUCUCCCACCUGUCCUAGAAGACUUUAUGCUUCUCAUGGGGAGACAAUUAGCAUGCUGGAUACCAGAUGUCUUAAGGAGCCAGUUGAAUGUUUCCAUGUGAAUGAGGAAGAGAUCAAUUGUCUUUCAGUAAAUGAAACAGACAGUUUCUUAGCUGCUGCAGAUGAUUCAGGAGCAAUAAUGAUCAUUGACUUGGAAAGCAAGAAAUUAAGCCGCUGCCUGAGACGACACUCAAAUAUUUGCACAUCUGCUGUGUUUCGGCCUGAAAGACCUCAGAGUCUUCUAUCAUGUGGUCUGGAUAUGAAGGUUAUGAUGUGGAACUUGCAGAAAGCUCGCCCACUGUGGAUAGAGAACUUGCAAGUGGAAGAAGGAGAUGAGAAGUCAACUGGCCAGCUCUUUAACCCACCCCUGGCCCAUUGCUUGUCUGUUUCUACUUGUGGCAAUGUCUUUGGCUGUGGAGCUGAAGAUGGUAAAAUCAGAAUAUUCCAAGUAACAGGUGCCAAGUUUGAACAGGAGAUGGCAUUUAAAGGUCACUCCUUAGGAGUGUCACAGGUUUUCUUUCUACCAGACACGUAUUGGUUUAUUACAGGAGGGAAUGAUGGCAGAGUGUUGUUGUGGGAUGCCAGUAAUGAAAUAGGAAAGCUGAAGAGUCCAGUCAAGUCCAUUCAGAGAAGGAAAACUAAGAUGCCCAAUACCACCAAGAAGUUUGACAAAAUGAAUGCAGAAUUUCCAAAUGAGUGUGUACCAAUUUCACCAAAAUUAACCAUUGAACAUGGAGAGAAAGUGAACUGGAUUACAUAUGCAGAGAUUAAAGGCUCUAGGAGAGUGCUAGUUGCUGAUCAGACUAGCAGUAUAUCAAUCUAUCCAAUUGCUGAACCUUAAACAUAUCUUGGCAAGUAAAUGAUUCUGUGUUAUUCUGGACCUGGCUGUUUUAUUACAUUCAAUAAACUAAACCAACCGCAGCCCUUCUGUAUAUUACUAAAAAUAUUUAUUUUGGCAGUUGAUAAAUGUAAUUAUAUCAGUAAUGGGAUAUCUUGGGCUAAACCUGGUAUGAUCUUACUGCUAAUAAAAACCCAGUUGUGAAUGUGUGUGUAUAUAAAGAUCUCAGAUUGUUACAACAGGAAGAAAAAUAAAGAUGGCAUAUCUUAGCACAUGCUUUUGUUUGUAUCCCUGACAUAAAGACAUCAAAAUGA